AUGCUACUUCCUGUAAAAAAAAAAUAGUAAGGAAAAAACGAAAACGAUGUUAAUAAUAAAACAUUUAGUACCCACUCAGUUCAAACAAAAGAUAUCUAUUUAUAUUAACAAAUUUUAAUUCGCAAAGUAUAUUCUAAAAAAAAGUCAUAAAACUUCGGAAAAGGUAAGGUCGGUGUAUGAUCAUGUCACCAUGGGCAUACUUUUAAUAAAGUGUUAUGAUGCAUGCUGACUUUCUAACUUUGGCAAGAGGAAUUUUAAAAGGCAGAUCAAGAAGGUUUAAAGUAGUCAUAGAGGAGAUCACAAUCACUGCCCCCUUUCGCAGCUUGUUCAGUAUGUCAACAACAAAGUUGAAGACAACAGAAAGUGAAACUAAGCAAUGUGCUAGUAAGGAUGGCACGACUAGCCCUCUCCUAACAACCCCAGAACCCGCCACAUCCAAGAGAAUAACCAGAAAUGCUCAUCACGAUGCUGUGUUAUCUGACAAAGAAAAGUUUUUAAAUAUGAAAAAAGAAGAAAAAAGAAAACUAUACAAAUGUGGGAAGAAAUUCAAACAGCUAAAUGACAUUCCAACAUGGCCAGAUUUCUACAAUGAACACAAAGAGAGGAUGAAAAAAGCAGCUGCAAAGAAGAAAUUAGAUAUGAGGUAUAAUGUUAAUGAGGACAUAAAUCAGAGAGUUUCUAUUUGGAAAGGAGACAUUACUACCCUAGAAAUUGAUGCCAUUGUUAAUGCUGCCAAUAGCUCUCUUCUAGGUGGGGGUGGAGUUGAUGGUGCCAUUCAUUCCGCUGCUGGUAAGAAGUUGGUUGCUGAGUGUGCGACAUUAAAUGGCUGUGACACAGGAGAUGCCAAAAUUACAGCUGGUUAUAAGCUCCCAGCCAGAUAUGUGAUACAUACAGUGGGCCCCAUUGGUGAGAAGGAAGAUUUACUAUCCAGAGCAUAUUCAUCUGUCCUUAGUCGUGUAAAGGAAAACAGUCUAGCCUCUGUGGCUAUUCCAUGCAUAUCUACAGGGAUAUAUGGAUACCCAAGUGAAAAGGCUGUACAUGUUGCACUACAAACUGUCAGAGACUUUCUAGAAAAUGAUGAAUACAAUCAAAAUGUAAGUCACUAUUUUUCAUAAUGAAAGUGAAUAUUUCCUAA